GGUCAGGCGACUCCGGAAGGAGGACAUGAAGAGAGUCACCUUGUUUGUUAAUGGCAGCCCCAGAAAUGGGAAGGUUGUGGCUGUUUAUGGAACACUGUCCGAUUUGCUUUCUGUCGCAAGUAAUAAGCUUGGAAUAAAAGCAACCAGCGUCUACAAUGGAAGAGGUGGACUCAUUGAUGACAUUGCCUUAAUUAGAGACGAUGAUGUUCUUUUUGUAUGUGAAGGCGAACCAUUCAUUGAUCCCCAGAAUGAUAUCAACUCUUUAGAAACAUUAACAGGAUCCCAUUCGGAUUGGAUCACACUCAAUGUAGGAGGACGGUAUUUCACAACUACCCGGAGCACUUUAGUUAGUAAAGAACCGGAUAGCAUGCUGGCCCACAUGUUUAAAGAUAAAGAUGCUUGGGGAAACAAGAGAGAUCACAGUGGAGCUUUCCUGAUUGACCGAAGUCCGGAGUACUUUGAACCGAUCUUAAACUAUUUGCGGCAUGGACAGCUAAUUGUGAACGAUGGCAUUAACUUGCUAGGUGUUUCAGAGGAAGCAAGAUUCUUUGGAAUUGACUCCCUGAUAGAACACCUUGAACUAGCAAUUAAGAAUUCUCAGCCUGCAGAAGACCACUCUCCGAUUUCUCGAAAGGAAUUUGUUAGAUUCCUCCUUGCAACCUCAACCAAGUCGGAGCUACGCUGUCAGGGGUUAAAUUUUAGCGGUGCUGACCUCUCUCGUUUAGAUCUCCGGUACAUCAACUUCAAGAUGGCCAACUUGAGCCGAUGCAACCUGGCCCAUGCAAACCUCUGCUGCGCAAACCUUGAACGGGCUGAUCUCUCCGGAUCUGUUCUAGAUUAUGCCAAUCUCCAAGGUGUAAAGAUGCUGUGCUCAAACGCAGAGGGAGCAUCGCUGAAAAGCUGCAAUUUUGAAGAUCCUUCUGGCCUUAAAGCUAACUUGGAAGGUGCUAACCUGAAAGGUGUGGAUCUGGAAGGAAGUCAGAUGACGGGCAUCAAUCUCCGAGUUGCCACUCUAAAGAACGCAAAAUUGAAAAACUGCAACUUGAGAGGAGCAACCUUGGCAGGGACCGAUUUGGAGAACUGUGACCUGUCAGGCUGUGAUCUACAAGAGGCCAACUUGAGAGGGUCGAAUGUGAAAGGAGCCAUCUUUGAAGAGAUGUUGACACCGCUGCACAUGUCUCAGAGCGUCAGAUAGGUUGCCCGGCUGAAGACUCUUGGUGCUCCAUGGGGGAAAUGACGUUCCUUCCACGGCAUGUUUUUCUCAGUGGGGUAUCUGAGAAGCUGCUGCUGGAUGGAGUGAAGGACCUUCUCUUGUCUUAGGUAUAGGAAUAGCUAUUGAAUCCAGUUGGGACAAGAAGCUUGCUGAUAACUCCCAAAGACGUUGCUCUCUUGACUCUUAUCUUGCUUUAGAACGCUCCUCUAGAAAAAAAUAUUUAUGAAAGCACAAUAUAUGCAAUUUAUAUUUAUUCAGCUUCCAGUGUGUGGGUUUUUAAAACACGAUCGGUUCACACGUAGUAGCAAACCUUUGGGCUUUCAGCCUAGAUUGGUGAACCUUUAUCUACAGUGGCUUAUUAAAUGUGGGAAGGGGAGGAAUUGGAGGGUCGAAAGAUGUCUAGAUUUGAAUCUUCUUGGCAAAACAGAAACAACUGUAUUUCUUCACGUGUCAUCAUGGAUAGAUUUGGGGUCUUAUUUUAAGCCUGUUAAUGCACUGAUUUUAAAAUAGCUCUGAAUACUGUUAUCUGAGUGUUCCUUGACUUAGAAUAGCGUCAUAAGUAUUAAUUGCAAAAGAAGGCCACUCAGCCAUUUUAAAGAGGUACUGCUCAUGUCUAACGGUCAGGAAUUGAAUGUGUAAAUGCGAUACAAAGUCUUCUGUGAGCCCCAAAUUGCUAUGGUAUUCUGUCACUGGACCUACACUCAUCUAGGUCAUGUGGCCUAGGACCAUUAGAAAUGAGCCAAUUCCUCUUAUAUCGGCAUUGGGGAAGUGCAUCCUGAACGUUUUAGUAGGAUGGUAUUGUUACAGGUUUCCAUCACAGUGAAUAAUGCCUUGUCGGCGAUUUCAUCAAAUUCUCUUGAUCAAAAGUUGAGUGAGAUACCCUGGGGAUCCUGGAUAAAAUAGGGAGCGAUCAGAAAUAGCUCAGGCUACUUUACGUAGUGAUGUAAACCUAGUUUGGUA